ACGCGGAAAAAUGUCCAGAGAAGCAGCGCAACGAGACGAGAACCUUCGGUUGGGGCAUUCGACAUGUGCAGGCAGUUUGCAUGUUCGUCUGCAUGACGUCACUGAUCGUAGUUCGCAGCAGCAUGGGCGUCGCGGUGCUAGCCAUGACUGACAAAUCGAGAAUCAACGAUACCGGAAUUAUGAUUUACGACUGGGACAAGAAAACCCAAGGCUUGAUCCUGUCAUCGUUCUUCUGGGGCUAUGUGCUAAUGCAAGUGCCAGCUGGGUUGCUCUUGAAGAGGUUCGGUGGAAAGCCGAUUCUACAGGUGGCAGUGCUCUCCAAUGCUUUGCUCUGUGUCCUGCUACCUGUCUUGACUGCUUGGGGUGGCUGGAUGGUGGUGUGUGCGAUACGCCUGUGUGUAGGCCUCACCCAAGCCUGCCUGUUUCCUGCGUGUCACACACUGUUGGGUAGGUGGUUGCCCGAAAGUGAGAGAACCAAGUAUAUAGGAUUCAUUUAUGGAGGAAUGCAAUUAGGUAUAAUAAUAGGUAUGCCGGUGUCAGGACUCUUAGCAGAAACGAAGCUCGGGUGGCCGUUGAUCUUUUACGUGAUGGCGGGCCUGAUGGUAGUGACGGCAUUGAUGUGGCAAUUUCUAACGGCCAGUACCCCGGGAGAGCAUAGAUGGAUAACGCACGAAGAGAAAGAAUACAUUGAACGGGGGCUCAAUAUUAGUAGUGAGAAGAAAUCUCUGCGAACACCAUGGAAGCAUAUUUUUACUUCAAUACCUAUUUAUGCAAUCACGAUUGCGCAUAUCAGCGUUGGCACCGCCUUCGUUCUCUUCUUCACUGAGAUGCCCACCUACCUCGAGAAGGCGCUCAAAAUAUCCUUACGAAACAGUGCGGCAUUAUCAGGUUUGCCAUAUGCAGGUAUGUGGCUCAGCGGGGUGGUCGUUGGUAUUAUCAGUCAAAAACUGUACAACACAGGCGUGCUAUCUGCCGUUGGGUGCAGAAAGAUCUUCAAUAGCAUUGGUUCAAUCGGCGUAUCAAUCGGGCUACUGAUACUAGCGUAUUUAGGCCCGCAGAGCAGAACGAUCGCCGUCGCGUCGUUGAUCUUCGCCCUAACUAUGACAGGUUUCUACAUUUCUGGGUACAUGUUAAAUCAUCUGGAUCUGUCCCCGAAUUUUGCCGGCUUACUACUAUCGCUGACGAACUUCGUCGCCAAUUUGUUCUCGGUCGUCAUACCCAUUUUUACCAGCUUUGCCCUUAACAAUGAUCCGACGGAUCUAAAUGGCUGGCGAACCGUGUUUCUCACAAUGGCAGGGACAACGUUAGGAUGCAAUCUCAUCUAUAUUCUAUUCACUACGUCCGAUCGGCAACCUUGGGAUGACCCUGACUUUGAGAAUAAGAAAUAUGCUCGUCCAGAGGAAAUGAUCCCCGUCAUAAACAAAAAAGAAGAUACGACCUCAUGAAGAAACAAAAGAAGAACAUCUGUAGAUUUGACACUAAGACAAUUAUUAAUAUUACAAAAAUAGUAACCUUGCAGGACUACAUUACUAACAUCAUAAACAACAAUUUUAGUACCGUGACUUCUUUGUACUUUCUCACACUUUUUAUAUAUAUGUAUUUAGUAGCAAUGCAAUAAGUUCAAACAUGCAAGCUUCCUCUCUCAAGACUCCCGCGUUUUGCACAGAGUUACCAUUUAGAGCGAUAUAUUUAAAUAUAUUUUUUCGGAAUCGAUGAAAAACGAAUUACUCACUUCCUUUGAAAGAUCAUUGAAAAUUAUGUAUUGAUUUAAGUUUAUCGCGAUUUUCUCUUUGUCAAUCUUCCUCAAUUAAAUAAAAGAAGAAAAAUAAUCUCAUAUUUUUUAAUAAGGACUGUUUUGGCCAGAACUAGGUCACAUAUUUUUUUUUUUUCAUUUUGAGUUAAGUAGAUACCUUUCGAUUGUUUCUUAUAAAAUUCUAACGACAGUUAUAUUGACGUGUUAGAAAUCAAAUUUUACUUUCAGGUAUGAUAUGGUCUUGAAUUUCACAAAUUUUGAGUUACAACAUUAUUGUAAUAAUAGUGCGAUUACGUCGGAGCACACUUCAAACGUAAUUUAUUAGAUAAACGGUUUACUAGGCUAUCUACAAAUCAUAUUAACUAGUCUCGAUCAUGGUUUCUUUGUUUACAAAUGUCACGUCAGUUUGACAGCUUAAACUGGGUAUAGUCGCAGAAAGGGGGCGCUGGUGUAGUUGAAUCGGUUGAGUUAAAUCAGUCAUCUGACAUGAUCCUAUGACUUGGUGGUCGUUGGCAGUGUUGCCAUAUGAAAAUAAGAAGUGAAAUUGACAAUGAAUGACAUAAGAAGGGCUUUUUGGUGUAAGUUGCUAGGACAGUGAAGACGUACCGCUCCGCUCUCUCUGAACUUACCGUGUGAUAUUUAGUAUCCAUUUUAACUUCAUCCAUCCAUAUCAUACUUUACCACCAUAUCAUAUCAUAUCAUACUUUCGAUCUAAUUACUAUGAAAAGUGCAUAAAGCAACUAAUUGCAAUCCGCCGUCUAAAUGAAUUGACAACGAAGAGUGAAUAAUCCAAUUAUCAAGUGGUGACUGUCAAGAGGGUAUUUCUUUUGACAUCUCCCUUUCCGGCCUUAACUCCAACAUAAUAUAUUUAUUUUUAUAUGAAAGUAAAAUCGGAAGAAUUAUCAAAGUCACGGAACAAAAGUUGUUGUUUGUGAUAUUAGUAAUAUGGUCCUGUGAGGUUGUUAGUACAAAUAAC